CCCCGCCCCCAAAUCGGUUUUCAAAUCGCGCGCCGUCCGAUCGUCCCCGGCGGCGGCGGCGGCGGCGAUGGAGGUGGGCGACCUGCACAAGGUGUGGGAGAUCCGGGCGCUCAAGAGGAAGCCGGAGGAGCCCGCCGCCCGCGCGCUCCUCGACCGCAUCGCCAAGCAGGUCCAGCCCAUCAUGCGCCGCCGCAAGUGGCGCGUCAAGGUCCUCUCCGAGUUCUCGCCGAAGAACCCGAGGCUGCUGGGACUCAACGUCAACCGCGGCGUCGAGGUGAAGCUGCGGCUCCGGCGCGACGGCCGGGACCUCGACUUCAUCCCCUACGAGGAGGUGCUCGACACUAUGCUCCACGAGCUCGCGCACAACGCGCGCGGGCCCCACGACGCGCAGUUCUACAAGCUCUGGGACGAGCUCCGCAAGGAAUGUGAAGAACUUGUUGCAAAGGGCAUCACUGGGCCAGGGCAAGGGUUUGAUGGUACAGGCAGGCGAUUAGGUGGAUUUUCAAUACAUCCACCGCCACCAUCACUCCGACAAGCUACACUAACUGCAGCACAGAAACGGGCAAGGAAUGGGGCUCUAUUGCCGUCCGGCCCAAGAAAAUUGGGUGGAAACAAUGCCAUCAUGAGUGUGCUUAGUCCAGUACAAGCUGCUGCCAUGGCUGCUGAAAGGAGAAUGCAGGAUGACUUGUGGUGUGGAUCACAUAAUGAUUCUGGUAUCGAUGAUUCAGAGGGUGUUGUUAUUCUUGAGCAACCACCUAAUUUGACAACAAGGGAUGCAAAGACCGCAAAGCGUGCAAAAAACACAAAGUGUGAUUUUUCUAGUGGUUCUGCAGAACCCAGCACUUCAUCUGGAGUUCAAGUUGCAGCACGAGGUGAUUCCUCUUCUAGUAGAAUGACUGAUGCAGACAUUAGUUCUAUGUGGGAGUGUAGUGCUUGCACUCUUCUUAAUCAGCCUCUUGCACCAAUUUGUGAAGUUUGUGGGACAGCGAAACCUAAGAUCGCAAAAGCCAAGUAUGCAUCUUGGUCCUGCAAAUUCUGCACUCUAGAGAACUGCACGAAGCUUGAUAAAUGUUCGGCGUGCGAUCAAUGGAGGUACUCAUAUGGACCACCUGUGGCCACAUAUGGUCCAAGCUACGAUUGACAUUCAUUGAAGGCUACAAGAAUACGGUUUACACUUUUGGGGGAGGCGGCUGCUGCAAUGUUUAUAAAUUGCCUCACCAGCAGCAGUUGCCUCUGUUGCCACCUGCCAAGCACCACUGCAUGUCAACUCAAACCUUGUGGAGUCGCAUGAAGAUUUAGUACUAGCAUCCAAGUCCUGGGUACCUGUCGGCCUGCGAAUGGCUCCCGAUUCCUCUCUGGGAGCACCGAAUCAAUCCUGCUCACAGGCGGACGGGUGCUAUCAUUGCCUUGCUCAUCUCGUGGUUCGGUGACUUCCACUCGUGGUUGCCGAUUUAAGAACGUGGUCGGUUUUGUGCAAGAAUGCCUACGAGGAUAUGUGUACUGCUGAUGGUUGCGGUAGUUGCUAUCAUUGCCUUGUUCUUCUCA